GACAUGCGCAUGCGCGCUACCAAUCACCAGCUGACGUAUUUCCUGGGCGAGUGUGCGGAACUGAAUGGCGCCCGCUAAAUGAAAACAGAACCGUGCAUAUGGUUAACACGUGGAUAUGUUUGGCAUAGAGACAACGUUUUCUGAUUUUUUAUUGAAUUUUUUUUUUGGCCAGUACUUUUGUGUUCGUGCUUAAUCUGUAGCAGAAAUAGUCGGUGUUUCAUAAGUCAGUGAUUUCCCACAUCGUGCAAGUCUCCCGUGGUAGGAAUACAUGAUAAUUCACCAGCUCAGUGGAUUAAAGAAGUAUGGCUCUCAGCAGCGGAGACGACACAACCCAGCUUGCGUCGCCGAGCUCGCGGAAGAAUGCACCGGUUGUGGCGCACGUUGGAGAUCUGAUCGACAUUGAUCCGCACUCGGAGCUCAUCUUCGAAACUCCCCCGCCUGAUGUUGUCGACACGAUCAAUGAGUGUUUUGAGCAGUUCACCAGCACCGUGGAGAAAAGAAGUGAUGUCCACCAACCUUCUUCGGACAGUGACUCUGGUGAAAGCCUGUUUAUAACACAGUCUAAGACUAAAGCAGUCCGAACUGAAAGACGACUUGGAUCAUCUAAGAGACCAGAGUCCGUCUCUGAUGAUUCUGGUAAUGGGAGAGAGAAUGAAGACACUGAAAAUGAGAGGGGAAGUGGAGGUCAGCGUGCGGAGUGCCCAAAGAGAAGAAAAAGUUCCAUCUAUAUUUCUACUCGAAAAACUACCUUUCCAUUUCUGUCGAAAUCACUCAGACGACAGCACCUGUCCUCAAAGAAGCACCAGAUUCUAGAGAACUCAGAAAUGGGAGGUUUUUUAAAAUGCAUAAGGAAAAUCGAGGAGGGUUGUGUGAACACAGGAAGAGCAAUCAGUCCAUCUAUACUGGAGUCUGAACUAAGUGAUAACUCUGAGGGGGACGACCACAACAGUGAUCAUGAAGUCACAAAAGUGGAUAAAACCAUUUUUGUUCCAAGUUACUUUAAAGGAAACAAACAAAAAUGGCUUCCACAAUCCUUCUUGGAGAUGAGGAUCCAGGGUUCACUUUCAGACAACAACGAAGAACAGCUAUUCAACACCAAAGGAAAAGAAAAGAAAAGAAAAACUAAAUCUACCAAGAAAAGCAAGGCAAGUGCUUCUAUUAAAAAACAAUCAAAAAGCAAAGUCGAAGCUCCCAAAAGCAGAGCUGCAGCCAGGACAUCAUCAGAAUCGUCUGUUGACUCUCUCUUUAUGGAGCAGGAAAAACAGCAUGAGACGCAUGAGGUUUUAGCUUCAUGUUCAGAUUCUGCCCAUUGCAGACAUCGACUUACUAAGCAGACUGUCCAGUGUGCUGAGAACUUGGAUGGAGAUCAUUUAGUGGUAAUUGAAGAGACGCAGAGAAACUCUUUAGAGGCAGUUACAGAAGCAGCUGUUCACAUGGAGCAUGAUGAUAAUGCAAGUUCUCCAUCUCUGUUUACCAGUAAGGAGAAAAAGAAGAAAAAGCACAAAUUAAAAGAGCAAGAGGAAGCAGAGUCUGGUGCAGACAAUGUUCAUUCAGUUGAGAUGGAUCAGUUCAGAGAGUCACAAACAACUGAGAUGCCACCCAAAAGAACAAAAAAGAAGAGAAAAGACAAAGAGAGGACAAAGACGGCACACGUAGAGGACAAUAGUGGUACAGACAUCCUGUCAAAUGAAACUUCUGAAGCUCCCGAGACCGAACAACCUGAGCAUAUACAGACAUCAGAGGAAAUCACAGGAUUAAAAUCAGUGAGGAAGAAGAAGAAGAAUGGCAGUGAAGAAUCUCAGUAUGAAUCUGUUGAUUUUGCUCUGGAUGUAAACUCAGUGUCUCAGUUUAAUAAUGUCACUGAUAGAUCAACUACUUUAAAGACUGUUGAAGAAAGACCAAGUGAUGUUCUUGAACAUUCAGAAGCUGAAUUAAAUGACACUAAACACAAAAAGAAGAGGAAACGAUCCGGUUUGUCUGUUAAUAACAGUUCUGAGUUCAGCUCUUCUGAUGCACAAACGCAGGAAACUGUCGCAGCUGAGAGGAAGAGGAAGAAAAAAAGAAACUCUGAUCACAUCACAGAUGUAGGUGGUGAACUGACUUUGGAAAGUUCUGAUCAUACAGUGCCGUUUGAAAAGUCUCCGAGCCCGAUGUUGAAAUCACUUGAAGCAAUUACAAAGAAAACCAAGAGAAAGAAAAACAAGGAAAUGAAUGAAAGCAUAAAUCACAUACCGGAUGAUAGUGCAGAACUAGAAACUGUACAAACAACGAGGACUGACUCAAUCAUACAUCACAACAAUGCAGACAGACAGGCCAACAUUAUCAUCUCACUGGGAGAUGAUUCUGCAGAUAUUAGAAAGAAAAAAAAGAAGAGGAAGAAGGAUACUGAAAAUAAUAUAACGGAAAUCUCCAUGUCUCAGAACACUGACUCACCCAAAAGACCUGAAAAACAGAGGCAAAGGUGUCAUGACAGAGCAGGUUGUGUUCAAACUGAGUGUAGUGCAAAUAACUUUCUUCAUUCACACAGAAAACAUGAUACCUAUGAAGAGAAUCACCUAAAGGAGGGAUCUGGGGCAAGAGAAUCAUCUGUGUCUCAGAUUGAUGAUGUGAUGUUGCACAAAAGCAAGAAAAAGAGGAAAAGAAGGGAGGAAAGUUUAUCUGUACUUGAUAGCUAAGACUCUUCAGUGCACAAUAGAAAAGUGUGGGCAGAAGAUGAUGAUGGUAUAUUAGUUACACAGAAUAAUAAGGGGAGGAGGAAAAUGAUCAAAAGCAAUAACGCAGUGGCGGAUAACUUUAGAGCUCAGUUAAACCGUUGCGAAAGAAAAACCAUCUUAACCUCUCAGGCAUUUAAGACGAGCUAUUUGCAUAAAGUGUUAGUGAAAGGUUUUCUGUUCAUGAUAAAUGGCCAAGAAAAUGUGAACGCAAAGAGAGGUUUACAGAUUAAUAUAAACAAAAUGUCUAAAUCUGUGAUUAAAUCAUUGUUCAAUUUAUUUUUAAAGAAUUGUUUUGCGAAACAUGAAACCUGCAAACACCUGUACAUUAUUAUUGUUACUUGUUUUGUAGAUGUGUAGAUGAUCAACAUUCUAUUGACAAUGGAUUUAUUUUUAAUAAUCAGAACAUUUUCCUUCGGUUUAUUAAAUCAUUGUACAGCCAAAUUAUACAAUCUCUUCUAGAGCACUGUAUCAUUUUUAUGAUCAGAAUCAGAGUAUUUUUGUACAGAGGCAAUGUGUUUGGUCAAUAUAAUUUUGACCUAUUUUAUACAUUUGCGUUAUGGACACUUUGUUACUCUGCUUCAGAGAAAUAAAAUAUAACUGCUUUCCCCAUGUGAUAAACACCUUUACUGACCUGAUAUUUGUCUUUUUCUUU